CCGGCCUCAGAGAGCGGUGGGCAGCUGCACCGCACCGCCAACGGCCGCGAGUGGCGAGCGGCGUAGGUCCAGCUCCCGCGGCGGCGCCGCUGGCUGCAGUCUUGAGGGUGUGCGGCCGGAGAGGUCCAGCCCACUCGGCGGAGGGGCCGGCCGCCCCGCCCCCUUCCCCACCUACCUCCCUGGCGCCCCCCUCCCGGGCUCGCGCUCCCGACGCUCAGCGAGGCUGCUUGGGAGCCCGGGGUUCUCGCGGAGGCGGCGGCAUCGCCCCCGCAUUCGGCCCCGCCCCCUCGCGCCCCGCCCCAUCCCCGCCCUCUCCACCGCCCUCUGCGGGAGCCCGGCAGCUGCAGCGGAGCCGCGGAGCGGGCGGCGGGGUAGGGGCAGUGCGCUGGGGGAGCGCGGGAUGUGAGGCUGGGCGGGCCGCAGCGCGCACGGACGGUCGGACGGGCGAGGGGCGGCGACCCCUCGCGGACGACCGGCCGCGCGCCGGGCAGAGGACUCGCUCUCUAGCUCGCCCUUGCGCGAACCCCGCGCCCUCCAGCGCGCCGGCGGGACCAUGAAGAAGUUCUCUCGAAUGCCCAAGUCGGAGGGCGGUGGCGGCGGCGGCGGAGCGGCGGGUGGCGCGGCCGGCGGGGUCGGGGCCGGCUCCAGCUCCGGUAGCUCGUCCGUGGGUGUCCGGGUGUUUUCGGUCGGCCGCUACCAGGUCACCCUGGAGGAGUCGCUGGCCGAAGGUGGAUUCUCCACGGUUUUUCUGGUGCGGACACAUGGUGGAAUCCGCCACGCAUUGAAGAGAAUGUAUGUCAAUAACAUGCCAGACCUCAACAUUUGUAAAAGGGAAAUUACAAUUAUGAAGGAGCUGUCUGGUCACAAAAAUAUUGUGAGUUACUUGGAUUGUGCUGUUAACUCAAUUAGUGAUAAUGUAUGGGAAGUGCUUAUCUUAAUGGAAUAUUGCCGGGCUGGGCAAGUAGUGAAUCAGAUGAAUAAGAAGCUGCAGACAGGUUUUACGGAAGCAGAAGUGUUACAGAUAUUCUGUGAUACCUGUGAAGCUGUUGCAAGAUUGCAUCAGUGUAAGACUCCAAUAAUUCACCGGGAUCUGAAGGUAGAAAAUAUUUUGUUGAAUGAUAGUGGAAACUAUGUACUUUGUGACUUUGGCAGUGCCACGAAUAAGUUUCUUAAUCCUCAAAAAGAUGGAGUUAAUCUAGUAGAAGAAGAAAUUAAAAAGUAUACAACUCUGUCAUACAGAGCCCCUGAAAUGAUCAACCUUUAUGGAGGGAAACCCAUCACCACCAAGGCUGAUAUCUGGGCCCUGGGAUGUUUACUGUAUAAACUUUGUUUCUUCACUCUUCCUUUUGGUGAGAGUCAGGUUGCUAUCUGUGAUGGCAGCUUCACCGUCCCAGACAAUUCUCGUUACUCCCAUAACAUACAUUGCUUAAUAAGGUUCAUGCUUGAACCAGAUCCAGAACAUAGACCUGACAUAUUUCAAGUGUCCUAUUUUGCAUUUAAAUUUGCCAAAAAGGAUUGUCCAGUCUCCAACAUCAAUAAUUCUUCUAUUCCUUCAGCUCUUCCUGAACCGAUGACUGCUAGUGAAGCAGCUUCUAGGAAAAGCCAAAUAAAAGCCAGAAUAACAGAUACCAUUGGACCAACAGAAACCUCAAUUGCACCAAGACAAAGACCAAAGGCCAACUCUACUACUGCCACUCCCAGUGUGCUGACCAUUCAGAGUUCAGCAACACCUGUUAAAGUCCCUGUUCCUGGUGAAUUCGGUAGCCACAGACCAAAAGGAGCACCGAGACCUGGAAAUGGCCCCGAGAUUGUAUUGGGUCAGGGUCCCCCUCAGCAGCCUCCACAACAGCAUAGAGUACUUCAGCAGCUACAACAGGGAGAUUGGAGAUUGCAGCAACUGCAUUUACAGCAUCGCCAUCCUCACCAGCAGCAGCAGCAGCAGCAGCAGCAGCAGCAGCAGCAGCAGUUACUUCAGGAUGCCUUCAUGCAGCAGUAUCAACAUGCAAUGCAGCAGCAACAGAUCCUUCAGCAACAGUUUUUAAUGCAUUCAGUGUAUCAGCCGCAACCUUCUGCAUCACAGUAUCCUGCAAUGAUGCAGCAGUACCAGCAGGCUUUCUUGCAGCAACAAAUGCUAGCUCAGCAUCAGCAGCCUCAGCAACAGGCGUCUCCUGAGUAUCUUACCUCCCCUCAAGAGUUCUCACCGGCCUUAGUUUCCUACACUUCAUCACUUCCAGCUCAGGUUGGAACUAUAGCGGACUCCUCCUACAGUGCCAAUAGGUCAGUUGCUGGUAAAGAGGCAGUUGCAAAUGUUACAAGUCAGAAGAACAUCAGUAACCCACCUGAUAUGUCAGGGUGGAAUCCUUUUGGAGAGGAUAAUUUCUCCAAGUUAACAGAAGAGGAACUGUUGGACAGAGAAUUUGACCUUCUGAGAUCAAACAGGCUCGAGGAGAGAGCAUCCUCAGAUAAGAAUGUAGACCCACUUUCUGCUCCACAUAACCAUCCUCCAGAAGAUCCUUUUGGUUCUGUUCCUUUCAUUUCUCACCCAGGUUCUCCGGAAAAGAAAACUGAACAUUCAUCUACGAAUCAAGAAAAUAGUUCUGCAAACCCUAUCAAGAAUAGAAAAGCAAGUCCAGUAUCUAAAGACCACCGGACUGGAAAGAAAACCUCAGAGAAUUCACUGGUACAGGGUCAAGUGCAAAAGCGGAAUGAUGAGUCUGAAAGUGAUUUUGAGUCAGAUCCUCCUUCUCCCAAGAGCAGUGAAGAGGAGGAACAGGAGGAUGAGGAAGUUCUUCAGGGAGAGCAGGGAGAUUUUAACGACGAUGAUACUGAACCAGAAAACCUGGGCCACAGGCCUCUCCUCAUGGAUUCUGAAGACGAGGAAGAAGAGAAACAUAGCUCUGAUUCUGAUUAUGAGCAGGCCAAAGUGAAGUACAGUGACGUGAGCCCUGUCUACAGAGACAAAUCUGGCAGUGGAUCAGCACCAGGUCCCACCGACACACUUCUCACCCCAACCCGGUUACCCUCCGAUGUUGGAGUGGAGGCUCCCAAACUGGAAUUUGAUGUGUUCGGCGCUGUCCCCUUCUUCGCGGUGCGUCCUCAGCAGCCUCACCAAGGAGAGAAUGAAAAGAACUUCUGUCAGCAGACCCUGUGUCCUGCUGUGGCUCUAGAGCAGGAGGAAUUUGAUGUAUUCACAAAGGCACCCUUUAGCAAGAAGGUCAGUGUACAAGACUGCCAUGGAGUGGGUCCUGAGGCACAUGCUCUCCCUGGUGGCCCCAAAAGUGUAGAUAUAUUUGGCUCCACUCCAUUUCAGCCUUUUCCCACAUCAACAAGUAAAAGUGACAGCAGCGAGGACCUUUUUGGGCUUGUGCCCUUUGAGGAAAUAACUGGGAGUCAACAGCAGAAAGUCAAGCAGCGGAGCUUACAGAAACUGUCUUCUCGCCAAAGGCGCACCAAGCAGGAUCUGUCCAAAAGUAACGGGAAGCGGCAUCAUGGCACGCCAACCAGCACAAAGAAGACUGUGAAGCCUACCUACCGCACUCCAGAGAGGGCUCGCAGGCACAAAAAGGUGGGCCGCCGAGACUCUCAAAGCAGCAAUGAAUUUUUAACCAUCUCGGACUCCAAGGAGAACAUUAGUGUUGCACUGACCGACGGGAGAGACAGAGGGAACGGCCUGCAACCCGAGGAGAAUCUGUUGGACCCCUUUGGUGCCAAGCCCUUCCAUCCUCCAGAUCUGCCAUGGCACCCUCCACAUCAGGGCCUGAGUGACAUCCGUGCCGACCACAACCCCGUCCUGCCUGGGCGGCCACGACCGAGUUCUCUGCAUGGCUCAUUCCACAGUGCAGACGCGUUGAAAAUGGAUGAUUUUGGUGCCGUGCCCUUUACAGAACUUGUGGUGCAAAGCAUCGCUUCACAUCAGUCCCAACAGUCCCAGUCAGUUGAAUUAGACCCCUUUGGUGCUGCUCCAUUUCCUUCUAAACAGUAGAUACUUCCGACGGACUCUUGGCAUUAACUCCUGUUUCAAAAAAGUAUGAAUAGUUUUAUGAAUUUGAAAGAAAAUUUAUUUGUAUAGCUCUUUAUAUCAUUCAUUCUUACAGAUCAAUCAGAAUAGGUGAUUUUUAAAUAAACCAAAUAGUAAAAGGAAGCAUCUCCACAGGGUAAUGACUUCCCAUCUCUUCCACACAGGAGAAGGAGGAGCUCAACUGUUAGCUCUACCCCAGGUUUCGGCCACCAGACGUGACUGCACAGACAUCCAGGGGAAGAACAUGCCGCCUUUCCAGUUGUGGAGCCACUGAAAAGGGACUGGAAAGGGGUGGCAUUAUUUUUAUAACAGGAUGUCCCUUGUGUGUUCAUUUCCCAGGCUCAUGUCAGGAUCCAGCAUUUAAAACUAAGGUUAUUUGUACAUACAUAGGUUGCAUUUGUGGAUUUUUUUAAAGGUCUCUUCUGAUUUCCACACAGUAAAAACAAACUCUGGUUCUCCUCAAGAAUUGGAAAGUUAUUAUCUGGAGAGAGCAGAAAUUUCAGUCUUUACACCUUUCUCAAAGAGCAGAGCCAGAAGUAACUGUUGUGCCUAAAACUGUUUCCUUUUAAAAAAACAAGUGCCAUUAAUAAUGGAAUAUCUAUACAGAAGCCUAGAACACAAACUAAAGAGUAGUAGCUGACGUGUGGAAAAUGUAAAAGAAAACGAUACAGAAGAGAGAAAAAACCUACUUCAGGAACACUUGAUAAUUCUUUUUGAAUGGCUUCUUGUUCACAACUUUUACUGUCAUGUCCCUAAUAAAGCAGAUUGUUGGAAAAAUGGGGAGUGAGGACAAGGGUUGUAGUGAAAUUUUACUUGAGGAAAAAAUUAUGUAGCUGAAACCCUGAGUUUUUAAGACGUUUACAGCGUAAAAAUCAUGUUGCAUUUAAUAAUGUACUUUAUUAAAUUACCACCUUCACCAAAUAGUCCCCAAGUCGUGAGCAACAAUUUUCUAGGUAGGUUGGGAGGGUGGAGUAGUUUUAAUGAAGUGCACGGAACAGUGAAACCCAUGAAGCCUUAUAGGCAGGACGCCCGCAUCCUGCUGUAAGUACCUCUGCACUAGUACACAAGAUCUUAAAGUGGCUAGACGGUAUUAGAUGAGGAGGAGCUAGCCUCUCAGUUCUGCUAGUUGAUGUGUCUCUGGUGAAAAGAACACAGCUACCAAAUUGCCUUUUUUUUUUUUCCCCCACCACAAAUCCUAAUUAGAAACUUGACAUUUUAUAGAAAUUGUUUAAGAAGAUAGAAAUUACUAUAUGAAUUACUGUGAAUACAGUAUCUGUGCUUCCUGUGUCUCCAGCUCUUUUAAGUUAUAAUGAACUGGCCUUCCCUAUCAACAUCUACAAGUUUCUAGAACUGUUAAAGCUAUUUACAAAAAGGAGUGGAAACUCUUAUUAACCGGCACUCUCCUUGAUUGCUGUAUUUUAAAUGAGCUUUCUUUGAACCCAAUUAAAUGAGUAAUCUUAUCUUAAUUCUAGUACCCCAAAUGGGAUGAGCUGUUUGUCUGUUUUCUCAGUUCUAAACUUGGAAGGAAGCAAAGUAUGUAUGUAACUAUAUUCAUUUUUUAUUCUUUUUUAAAUCAGAUAUAAAUUUGUGGACAAACAGGGAAGCAAUAUGUGAAUCUCCAUGUAGCAGAGGCAGACCAAGCAUUAUAUUACUGCUUAAGAGUUGUAUUUUUAGAGCCCCAACUGCACCAAUUACUUGUCCUUGUGCCAAAGGCAAAUAUUAUGUUUGCACCUUUUUUUUUUUCCCCCUGAUUCUCAGGUUGAUUAAUACUGCUAAUGCAAAUGCUCAAGUAGAUGUUUUUCAAAACUUUACAAAGUAGACUCAAGUGAUACUUUCUUUUAAAAGUGAAGAGUUGAUGAUUACACAUAGUAAAUUCAUGAACUACCGUAGGUUUGUAUCAAACAGAAGAAUUUUUUUAUGAAAAUUUGUUGGUUGAUGUGUACACAGUAUGCUUUGACUAUUUUAGUCUUUGGCCUUGGUCUCUGCUAGACCUCAUAAUGAGUUUCAUAAUUUAAAAGGGGGUAGUGGAUGAAUUAAUGUAGUCUCCUUGGGAUGUAACCAUGAAAUACUUCUGUCUGAUAUUGAGGCCUUGCUUACACUUGCUUUUCCAUACACUGAAUAAUUUUAAGUGAUCUGGACACUGAUGUAGACACUUUGGGCUUAUAAAAUUGGAUAAAUUCUAAGGAAACAAUUGUGACAUUGUUUAAAAUAUUUCCAUUCUUAUGUUUAUUAUAUCAGGGCCCAGUGACUUUCCUCUUUUGAGAUGACAGCUCAGAGGAAACAACAGGAUUCAAUAGGGGACCCGAUGGGAUAGAAAUGGGGAGAUUCCUUUGUGCCGAAGUAAAGGGAUUAGGGUUAUUUUCCGUUUUCCAUCACGUCCUCCCACUACCGUUAGGACAUAGGUCACUCCACAUAGUGAUGCCCAGGUAAUUCCCUUAUGAGAAUUCUGCGAAUGGAGCUCCCAAGGUAUGUCAAAGAGCCUAACACAUAUACCUGGGACACAGCAUUCAGUAAACGUCUGGGAUGGUCCAAUUCUUGUUUAAAAGAAGGAACGUUGAAAUUAUUUUCCUGUUAUUAAUCAGGUGUCCUCUGUGCUCCUUUUGUAUGUAAAAUAGUCAUAACUAAACCUGUAAUACUUGAACAUCAUUAAGGGAAGUAAAUUGUGAAGCUAGCAAAAAUCUGAGGCCAAAGUUACUUCUGUCCUAACAGCUUUAAUAAUGCUUGUUGAUUUUGAAUAAUCGUUUUAAAAGUGGACCAUUUGCUUAAUUAUUUUAAUAUGACUUCAGCACAAUGUUAGUGUUAAAAAAGAUCAGCUUUUAUGGCUUUAAAGAAUGUAUCUGCUGAGACACAUAAGUUGCUUGGUGUAUUAGGUGGAGGAGGAAAGGGAUGAAAAUUUAACUGACUACAAUAUUUAUUCAGAAGUAUCAAUUGGGAAAUUGUGUAAUUCUCCGACUAACCCACCCCAUCCCUGCGCGCGCGCGCGCGUGUGUGUGUGUGUGUAUGUGUGGGCACAGUAAGGACAUUAUUUGGAAUUGUAGAUAGACACACCUUCUGAUCCCACCCUGUUUAGUGUUUAGCAGUGAUAGAUUGUCGUCAUACUGCUGGCGGAAAAUAGUAAAGUGGAGCCCACUCUGCUGCGCAUCAGGCAGAGCAGUUUUCUUACUAUUCGGCCACUCUGCUUCGUUUAUUUUAGGUUUGGGUACUUCAUUUAAGCAUUGCUAGAAGGUACACAGGUAUUAAUAUCACUAGUUCUGAGGAGUUUGGGUACAUUUGUCUUAAUACGUGUAGAAUAUACAGUACACUUUUUCUUCCUUUUAGCAAAAUUCCUCAUCAUUUUUAGGUCUCAUACUGAACUGACAUAUCUACUGUGAGAAUAACAAAUGUUUGAAAACUUUUAUACAUGGAGGUGUUUAUAUAUUGAGAAAAAUAUAUACACACGCAUGCAUGCACAUGUCACAUCUCUCUGCUGUGGAGUUAAUGUGAAUUUCUCAUUUUAAAUGGAAUUGCAACCACAAUCAUUAAUACAAGAACAUUCACUCCUAGGGAGGUGUUUUACAAAAGCCACUAAACGAAGGAGGUAGGCAGAUGAAAAUGCAAAGGGUCAUCAUUUGGGUUUUUUUUUUGUUUUUUUUUUAAUUUAAAAAUCUAUUGUGCUACUUUUGAAAGAAUUGUUUUUAUUACUACGCUCUUUUUGUGAUGGAAAGGUCAUCUAAUAGUAAGUGUUAUAGUAAUAGUAAGCUACUUUUUAAAUUGCUGGCAAACAGCUUUAAGUGCACUUUCUUUGAUUACACUUCCAUUUUUUGUUAAACUUGAAUUUUCUGAAGCCUUUGAUGUACCACUAAGCAAAUAACUUUAACUUUUAAUAAACCUGAUUUAUGUGUUUAUUAUAUUUCUAAUUGUUACCAAACAUACUUUCUAACGUAACUUCAAUCCUCAGAUAUAGCUGGGAAACUGAGAUAGAAUCAGUUGCUUUUUUUUUUUCUUUUCUACAUCUAAUUAAGCACUAACUGAUUUUACUGCUUUGUUGCCUUUACAUUGCUUAUUCUUAUUGACUGAAUUCUGUCCCUCAUUCACUUUGUUUUGUUUGAAAUUUAAAAUUAUUUUCUUACUGUAUUUAUCAUACCUAUUGUUUUAAUAAUCUGCUUUCUUUAAAUGCAAUAAAUCCCAAAUGGAUUGCAUAUUCUU